GCAACAAACCCCCUGAACAAGGACCUGGACUGGGAUGGCAUCAAUGCCUUCUGUGAGCAGCUCAAUAAGGAGCUGGAGGGUCCACCACUUGCUACCAGACUUCUGGCCCACAAGAUCCAGUCCCCACAGGAAUGGGAAGCCAUCCAGGCCCUCACGGUGCUGGAGUCCUGCAUGAAGAGCUGUGGGAAACGGUUCCACGACGAGGUGGGCAAGUUCCGCUUCCUCAACGAGCUCAUCAAAGUGGUGUCCCCCAAGUAUCUUGGCAGCAGAACACCAGAAAAAGUGAAGUCAAAGAUCCUGGAGCUCAUGUACAGCUGGACAUUGGGGCUGCCUCACGAGGUGAAGAUCUCAGAAGCCUACCAGAUGCUGAAGAAACAAGGGAUUGUGAAGUGUGACCCAAAGCUGCCCGACGAUGCCCCGUUGCGCCCGCCGCCCCCUCGGCCCAAGAACAUCAUUUUUGAUGACGAAGAGAAGUCCAAGAUACUGGCUCGUCUCCUGAAGAGUUCCCACCCUGAGGACCUCCGGGCUGCCAACAAGCUCAUCAAGGAGAUGGUUCAGGAGGACCAGAAGCGCAUGGAGAAGAUCUCCAAGAGGAUGAAUGCCAUCGAGGAGGUGAACAACAACGUGAGGCUGCUGACAGAGAUGGUGACAAACUACAGCAAGGGGGAGACGACGGAAAGCAACGAGGACCUAAUGAAGGAGCUGUACCAGCGCUGUGAGCGCAUGAGGCCCAUGCUCUUCCGCCUUGCCAGUGACACAGAAGACAAUGAUGAAGCUCUGGCGGAGAUCCUGCAAGCCAAUGACAAUCUGACACAGGUGAUCAACCUCUACAAGAAGCUUGUACGGGGAGAAGAGAUCAAUGGGGAGGUGGUGACCGGUCCCCUUCGAGGCAGCACCUCAGCUCUGCUGGAUCUGUCAGGCCUGGAUCUUCCAGCAACAGGCCCUUCCUACCCAGCCUUGCCCACCGUUCCAGGUGGCUCAGCAGUCCCCGUGCCUGACCAAGCUGGCUCUGUCUCGUUGCUGGAUGAUGAGCUCAUGUCUUUAGGCCUGAAUGACCCAGCGCCGCAUCCUGCCCAGGCUGCUGACAGCAGUGGCUGGAACAGCUUCCAGUCAUCAGAAAGCAACGAGCUCAAUGUCACGCCUGUCACAGCAAUGCCACCAGUCAAAGCAGACACUGGCACAUCCUCCCCCAAACCUCCUUUAACCAGUGGCCUGGAUGACCUGGACCUCCUGGGCAAGACGCUGCUGCAACAGUCUUUGCCUCCAGAGUCUCAGCAAGUGAGAUGGGAGAAGCAGCAGCCACCCCCCCGGCUCACCCUGAGGGAUCUCCAGAACAGGAGCAGCUCUGGCACCACGAGCCCCAAUCCCAACGCUCUGCCCGUGCUCCAGAGCGUUUCCCCCAACCCCACGCUGCCCUCGGAACCUUCUGCUCCUGCUCAGCUUCCAAAAGCUGGGCUGACUGCUGCCUCUCCCCCAGGCAGCAUCCUCCCCGUGACAGUGUAUGACCAGCACGGCUUCCGUGUCCUCUUCCACUUCGCCAAGGAUGCCCUGCCCGAGCGGCCCGACGUGCUCGUGGUGGUCAUCUCCAUGCUCAGCACGGCCCCACAGCCCAUCCGAAACAUCCUCUUCCAGUCUGCUGUCCCCAAGGUGAUGAAGGUGAAGCUACAGCCUCCUUCAGGCACGGAGCUGCCGGCGUUCAACCCCAUCGUCCACCCCAGUGCCAUCACACAAGUCCUGCUGCUCGCUAACCCACAGAAGGAGAAAGUGAGGCUACGGUACAAGCUGACCUUCACCAUGGGAGAACAAACCUACAAUGAAAUGGGGGAUGUCGACCAAUUCCCCCCACCAGAGUCCUGGGGAAACCUCUAG